AUGUCGAACAUAGACAUAGAAGGGAUACUGAAGGAGCUGCCAAAUGAUGGGAGGAUCCCAAAAACGAAGAUUGUGUGCACUCUAGGACCAGCUUCUCGUACUGUCUCCAUGAUCGAAAAGCUUCUGAAAGCUGGUAUGAACGUGGCUCGCUUCAACUUCUCACAUGGAAGCCAUGAAUACCAUCAGGAUACACUCAACAACCUCCGCACCGCUAUGCACAAUACCGGCAUUCUCGCUGCCGUCAUGCUUGAUACAAAGGGGCCUGAGAUUCGUACUGGUUUCUUGAAAGAUGGGAACCCUAUACAACUGAAGGAAGGUCAGGAGAUAACUAUAACCACUGAUUAUGACAUCAAAGGAGAUGAGACAACGAUUGCCAUGAGCUACAAGAAGCUGCCCUUGGACGUGAAGCCCGGAAACACCAUACUAUGUGCAGAUGGAAGCAUAAGUCUAGCUGUCGUGUCGUGUGAUCCCGAGUCUGGAACGGUUAGGUGCCGGUGUGAGAACACGGCCAUGCUUGGCGAAAGAAAGAACGUGAAUCUUCCCGGUGUUGUUGUUGAUCUCCCUACUUUGACAGAGAAGGACAUUGAAGAUAUUCUCGAAUGGGGUGUUCCAAACAGCAUCGAUAUGAUUGCGCUUUCGUUUGUCCGUAAAGGUUCUGAUCUUGUUAAUGUCCGCAAGGUUCUUGGAUCUCAUGCUAAAAGCAUCAUGUUGAUGUCAAAGGUUGAGAACCAGGAAGGAGUGAUUAACUUUGAUGAGAUAUUGCGGGAAACAGAUGCGUUCAUGGUUGCUCGUGGUGAUCUUGGGAUGGAGAUUCCGAUAGAGAAGAUUUUCUUGGCUCAGAAGUUGAUGAUCUACAAGUGUAACCUUGCAGGUAAACCAGUGGUCACAGCCACUCAGAUGCUGGAGUCAAUGAUCAAAUCACCAAGGCCAACACGUGCUGAAGCCACGGAUGUUGCAAACGCUGUUCUUGAUGGCACAGACUGUGUGAUGCUUAGCGGAGAGAGUGCAGCAGGAGCUUAUCCGGAAAUAGCUGUGAAAGUUAUGGCUAAGAUCUGCAUUGAAGCCGAGAGCUCGCUUGAUUACAACACAAUCUUCAAAGAGAUGAUCAGAGCAACUCCGCUUCCAAUGAGCCCACUGGAGAGUCUUGCAUCAUCCGCUGUACGGACUGCAAACAAAGCGCAUGCGAAGCUCAUCAUUGUGUUGACUCGUGGAGGUUCAACCGCUAAGCUUGUAGCUAAGUACAGACCAGCUGUUCCGAUUCUGUCUGUGGUUGUCCCGGUUAUGACCACCGAUUCCUUUGACUGGACUUGUAGUGACGAGUCACCUGCAAGGCAUAGUCUGAUUUACAGAGGUUUGAUCCCUAUGUUGGCUGAAGGGUCUGCAAAGGCAACAGAUAGCGAGUCCACGGAAGUUAUCAUUGAAGCUGCUUUGAAGGCUGCUACACAGAAAGGACUGUGCACCCAUGGUGAUGCAGUCGUGGCGCUUCACCGUAUUGGAGCUGCCUCGGUUAUUAAGAUCUGUGUGGUGAAGUAA